AUAAGUAAAUGUGCCAUUCUGCUCUUUGAUACAGCCUGGAGUGCUUCUGCACAAGUCGGUCUUUAAGCCUUUGGGAGAGGUUAACUGUUCAUCCUUAAAGUGAAGCAGCAGACUCUUUGGAGAAGAAGACAGGCAAGAGGAGAAGGCUCAUUCCCCUGUGUACUAAGACAACAGAUGACCACAGUGAUUUAAAGAGCCUGCACAUCCAGGAAAUACCUUCUGAUCCUUCUUCAUUACUGUGGCUCUCAGAAAUUCAGCUGGAAGAAAAUUGCUGUUCCAAGACGGUGACUUGAUCUCUGAAUCAUCUUCCACAGAGGUUCUCACGGGAAGCAACUGAUCUUAACGUUUGGCAGAUGGCAUAUUUCCAAAAGUUACCUUUCACUUUCCUACUCUUGAUUGUUUUAAGUGACAUUCAAGCAGAGGGUGAUUGUUUAUCAUGUUCAAAACACAACAUUACAGAAGUUGGAAAAGGCAUUAUCACUGAAUGCAAGAAUAAUGCACCCAUUGAAAAAAUGGAAAUGACAUUCUACUCCAGCAGUAGAAACCUGAGUUAUUCCACAGAUGUCCUCCACAAACAGAACAGAAAGUUGACUCUUGGUGAAGUAACACUGAAAAUUCAGGAUUCUAUGGCUUUUCUGAUUAUUAACCAAGUAAAGAUAUCACAUGAAGGAAACUAUACAUUGACAUAUGUAACUGAAGACUGUAUGGGUGAACUGACUAUAUUUCUAGAGGUGUUUGCACCAUAUACAAGCCCUCAAGUCAUAAAGCGGAAUGACACUCUUGUUUGUACAGCAUCUGGAGGUUACCCAGAGGAGAAGCUGUAUUGGGUUUCUAAGGCUGGAAAUAAUCUGACUCAUAAUUCAACAUUUGAGUCUGUGAAAAAUGAGGAUGGGCCAUUCAGUCUAAGCAAUACCCUUCAACUGGAUUCUGCUCUCUCUGAAACUGAAUAUUGCUGUACUUUCAACAGCACAAGAGUUCCCAGCAAACAAUCAGCCUCUACAUGUAUGACACCUGAAAGUGUUAGAACUUUCAUGAUUAUAGCAGAAAAGACCACACCGAUAACAGCAUUCAUUGUGUGUGCUAUUAUUUUGUCGCUUUCCAUUUUACUGGUUGUAGUUUUGUACAGAAGAAGGAAGAAAGGUGCAUCUUCUGCAAAGUGCAAGAAUUUCAUUCUGCAAACAUAUUCAUCAGAAAAGGGAGUUUUCUCUGCUUUCUUCCAACUCAAGGAAGAAUUUCCAUUGUAGUUGGAAGAAUAGACUUGCUUAUCCAGCUUAAUAAAAGGUAUGGUCUUCAGGCAUUGGACAAGAUUUAAAUUUUGUUUGCUUUAAGUAUUUUAAACUCUGCAUACUCUUCCAAUCCAGCAUCAGAUAAGUAACAUGAUCUAAAUUGAAGCUUGCCUUGGAGAAGUCAGAUGCUCUCAAAUUCACGUCCUUUUCUGAAAACUAUGGGCAAAUAAGACCUACAAAUGUAAAUAACAAUGAAGAGAUUGAAAAUUUUAAGAAGAGUUGCAAUUGUUAUCAACCGGAUACAGAUUAAAAAAAUGUGGACUACAAGAAUUAAAUGUCAUUAUCAUGAA